AUGAACUUUUUCUACACCACAUCUUCUCCAGUGUUUAAGUCCCUCAAUCCAUCGCACAACUUGCAGAUUUGUAGCACCUUUGGGAACUAUCACUUUAAGACUUUUGAUGGCGAUAUCUUCCAUUAUCCUGGAGGCUGUAAUUAUGUAUUUGCGUCUCAUUGCAAGAGCAGCUUUGAAGAAUUUAACAUUCAGAUACGACGCAGCCUGAGAGAGACCAUUCCUGUCAUCUCCAGCAUUAAUAUAAAAAUCGAAGGUGCCAAUAUUCAUUUAACAGACCAAAAUGUGACUUUUAACAAUGAAGAGGUGAACUUGCCAUACAGAUUUGGGGGAAUACAAAUUUCAAAGAGUGAUGCUUAUAUCCGUGUAUUUUCCAUAAUUGGUGUUGAAAUGUUGUGGAAUGAAGAGGAUUCUCUCUUGUUGGAGCUAAGUCCAAAAUUUGCCAACCAAACCUGUGGUCUCUGCGGUGACUUCAAUGGGAUCCCUAUUCACAAUGAAUUUAUUGUAAAUGAUGUGCAAUUGACUGAAACACAGUAUGGAAAUCUGCAAAAAUAUAAUGGACCAACAGAGAGAUGUGAUGAUGUAGCUGAGCAACAAGAAGAAACAUGUAUCAGCCAAAAUGGAGAUCUGUGUUCAUUAGUUUUAAAUGGUCCAGCUUUUCAAGAAUGCAAUCAACUAGUGGAUGCUUCGAAAUACAUUGAACUUUGUGAGCAAGAUUUUUGUGGAUGCUCGGAAAAUUCAACAGCGUUCUGCAUUUGUAAUAUCUUUACUGAGUAUUCACGUCAAUGUGCCCAUGCUGGAGGAAAGCCACAAAACUGGAGAACUUCUGAGCUCUGCCCUUUGAGGUGUGAUUACAAUUUGGAAUACAAUGAAUGCGGCACUGCUUGCCCAGACACCUGCUCUAACUUUGAACGAUCAUUGGUUUGUGAUGAACACUGUAAAGAUGGGUGUUUCUGCCCCAUGGGAAUGGUAUAUGAUGAUGUCAACUUCUCUGGGUGCAUUCCUAAGGAGCAAUGCUCUUGUACAUACAAUGGAAAAGUCUAUGCAACAGGAACAGGAUAUACAGAAAAAUGUCAAACUUGUACCUGCCAUGGAGGAAAAUGGAACUGUGAAAAGUCUCCAUGUUAUGGAACUUGCGCUCUUGAAGGAGGCUCACAUAUCACAACUUUUGACCGUAAUCGUUAUAAUUUCCAUGGAGACUGUUUUUAUACCCUGUCAAGAACAUGUGAAAAUGACCUGUUUAGAAUUGUGGCAGAGCUUCGCCCAUGUGGCCAGACCGACACCGAGACUUGCCUUAGAAGUGUCACAAUCAGUCUGAAUGAAGGAAAAGAUUUAAUUGUUGUGGGGUCUGAAGGCAUUGUGCACGUCAACUCCCUGGAUUCCCAAUUGCCUGUCUCAACUGCCAAUGCCGUAAUUUUUAAGCCUUCAUCUUUCUUCAUCAUCGUGCAGACAAAAGUUGGCAUACAGGUUACAAUUCAACAUAAGCCAUCAGAUAUGCAAGUCUAUAUUAGGGCUGAUCCUGCCUUAAUGAAUACAACCUGUGGUCUUUGUGGGAACUUCAACAACAAGACAGACGACUUUAAUUCUCCAAAUGGUGUCCACCAAGGAACAGGGGCGCCUUUUGGCAAUACGUGGAAGGCACAGGCAGAUUGUCCAAAGGUCAAAAACAGUUUUGAGGAUCCUUGUGCUCUGAGUUCUGAAUCAGAACGAUAUGCUUCCCACUGGUGCUCCAUGUUGAAGGACACCGAAGGGCCCUUCUCUGCCUGUCACAAAUCAGUGGACCCAACUUACUAUUAUAAGACCUGUUUGUUUGACACUUGUAACCGUGAAAAUACAGAGAACUGCAUGUGUACAGCCCUUUCAUCCUAUGUUUAUGCCUGCUCCAGAGAAGGAAUAUACUUGAAAGACUGGAGAACAUCAGUAUGCAGCAACUUUACCAACUGCCCUACAUCUUUCACCUACAAUUACACGAUCAGUACCUUCCAGCCCACAUGCCGUUCAAUCAGUGAGCCUGAUUAUACCUAUGAUGUAUCAUUUGUGCCCGUUGAUGGCUGUAUCUGCAAGGAUGGAACCUAUCUGGAUGACACUGGGAAUUGUGUCCCUCCAAGUCUUUGCCCCUGUUUUAACAACGGGGCAACAGUACCACCAGGACAGGUGAUCCAUGAAAAAGGUGCAGUAUGCACGUGUACAAAUGGAAAGCUGGACUGCAUUGGAAAAAAACCAAUACAAAAAGAGUGUGAAUAUCCUUUGGUCUAUUUCAACUGCUCCAACACCUCUGCAGAAACCAAAGGAUCUGAAUGCCAGAAGAGUUGUUCAACAUUUGACAAAGAAUGUUACAGUACAAAAUGUAUAUCUGGCUGCAUGUGCCCUAGUGGAUUGAUGCUUGAUGACAAAGGAAACUGCAUUCAGGAGAGUGACUGUCCUUGUGUAUAUAAUGAUGAAUUCUAUUCUCCUGGAGAAAAGAUAAAGGUGCAGUGCAACACCUGUAUUUGCAGAAAUAGAAUGUGGGAUUGCACAGAUAACACAUGCCUGGGUACCUGUACUGCGUACGGAGACGGUCACUAUGUCACAUUCGAUAACAAAAGAUAUCAGUUCAGUGGAAACUGCCAAUAUACCUUAGCUCAGGAUUUCUGCUCAAAUGAUACUACUGCGGGAACCUUCCGAGUAAUCACAGAAAAUAUUCCAUGUGGUACUACUGGUACCACCUGCUCAAAAUCCAUCAAGGUUUUCCUAGGGAACUAUGAGCUAAUACUUGGCGAUGAAAAUGUUGAGGUCAUUAAUAGGGAGGUAGGAGAGUAUGUGCCAUUCAAUGUUCUUCAGAUGGGAAUCUACUUGGUGAUUGAGGCAGCUAAUGGACUUGUUUUGGUAUGGGACAAAAAAACCACCAUCUACAUAAAGCUGGCUCCAGAUUUUCAGGGCACUACAUGUGGACUUUGCGGUAACUAUGAUGUAAAUGCGGAAAAUGAUUUUUUGACCAGGAGUAUGUCUGAGGUUGGGGAUGUAAAUGAAUUUGGAAACAGCUGGAAACUUUCACCAAGCUGCCAAGAUGCAAUGGCAGUCAAGGAGCCAUGUUCUACUAACCCUUAUAGGAAAGCAUGGUCACAGAAACAAUGCAGUAUAAUCACUGGCCCCACCUUCAGUUCUUGUCAUGCUCUGGUGAACCCAGUUAACUAUUAUGAGGCUUGUGUUAAUGAUGCUUGUGCCUGUGAUACUGGUGGUGACUGUGAAUGCACCUGCACUGCUGUGGCCGCAUACGCCCAAGCCUGCAGUGAGGCUGGAGAAUGUGUUCAAUGGAGGACUCCAAAAAUGUGUCCAAUAUUUUGUGAUUUCUACAACCAUGAUGAAGAGUGUGAAUGGCAUUAUAAACCCUGUGGAGCACCAUGUAUGAAGACAUGCAGGAACCCUACUGGGGUGUGUUAUAACAACUUAAGUGGACUGGAGGGUUGUUAUCCAGAUUGCCCUGCAGAGAGGCCUUAUUUCGAUGAAACGUCUAUGACAUGCGUAUCUUCGUGUAACUGUUAUGAUGACUACAGAAAAGAGUAUGAACCUGGGGAGGAAAUGCCAGGAGAAAGCAUAUGUUUACCUUGCUAUUGCACCCAAAAUGGCAAAGAAUGUUCCAACGAAUCAGUUUGUUGUUAUUAUGAAGGAAAAAACUUUUUGCCUGGAGAAGUUAUAUACUCUACCAUGGAUGGCAUUGGAGGAUGUAUAGAAGCUAUUUGUUCUGAUAAUUCAACUAUAAAACGAAAUAUUGGACCUUGUACAUCAACACUGGGUCCAAGUACAAUUUUCAACUUCUCCACCUCAAGCUCCAUACCAACCAGUAGAUCUACUCAACCGUCAGUCUCUGUAUCACCGGGCUCUGUCACUAGUCACACAGGCCUGAUUACUACAGCUACUUCUCCAGGAACUGUAUCCUCCACUGUUGGCAUAGACAUUUCAAAUACUUCACAGCCUACAAUUCCCUCAAAAAGUCAAGAUCAUACUACAACAAUUUCAAAUGUUUCACCAACAAUUUGUUUUGAAGCUUAUAACUGUACUUGGUCAGACUGGUAUGAUGUAAGCAGGCCUGGCUUGGGUCCUAAUGAUGGUGAUUUUGAAACUUUCGACAACAUAAAAGCCAAAGGCUUCGAUGUGUGUAAGAAUCCAACAAAAGUGGAGUGUAGAGCAAAGGAAUAUCCUUAUCAAGCAAUAAAGGAAUUAAACCAAAAUGUAAGCUGCAGCAAAAAAGAUGGAUUGAUAUGCGUCAAUACCAAAAACGCAAUUUGCCAUAACUUUGAAAUUAGAGUUGAAUGCUGUGAAUACAGAAAAUGUCAUGAAUAUUCUAGGACAACAGCAUCUCAAUAUUCAACAUCAGGUCAAAUGUCAAUGUCAACUGUGACAGACACAUUAUCAACUGAAUUUCCCAUCACUAGAUCUACUGGGAUAAAAACAACUACUUCUAGUAAAAAUUCUUCCAUAUCUUCUGUAACUUCAACUCUUAUGCCAGUGACUCAAUUUCAUUCAUCCUCUGGGACAUCAACUACUGAAAAAAUAUCAGUAACCCAAACUAAAACCAUGCCUCCUCCACCUAGCAUUUUAAUAUCUACAUUAGAAAGCUCAGCUAUCUCCUCUGCAACAGCUUCUUCUCCAAGAUCUCCAACGACAAGUAUAGUUAAACCAACAUUACAUAUUCCUCAAACAACCACUCUAUCAUCAAUUGUUACUGAAGGUCCAUCACCAUCAAGUGUUACUGAACCAGUGACUGUAAAAAGUACAUUAUCAACUGAAGUUCCCAUCACUAGACCAUUGGAGACGACACCUAGUAAACACUCUUCCACAGCUUCAUUGACAACAACACCUUUGCCAAUGACUCAAUCUCAUUCAUCCUCUUUAAUAUCAACAACUGAAAAAAUAUCAGUACCCGGAACUAAAGUUACGCCUUCUCCCCCUCCUAGCAUUUUAACAUCCACUUUAAAAAGCCCAGUUAUAACUUCUGCAUCAGGAACUUCUCCAAGGUCUCAAACAACAAGUAUAGUUAAACCAACAUCACAUAUUUCUCAACCAACUACUCUAUCAUCAAUUGUUUCUGAAGGUCCAUCAACAUCAAGUGUUACUGAACCAGUGAAUGUGAAAAGUACAUUAUCAACUGAAGUUCCCAUCACUAGACCAUUGGAGACGUCACCUCUUCCUGGAAUUGUCAUUACUACUCCUAGUAAACACUCUUCCACAGGUUCAUUGACAACAACACCUUUGCCAGUGACUCAAUCUCAUUCAUCCUCUGUAACAUCAACUACUGAAAAAAUAUCAGUACCUGAAACAAAAGCUACACCUUCCCCUCCUCCUAGCAUUUUAACAUCCACUUUAGAAAGCCCAGCUAUAACCUCUGCAACAGCAUCUUCUCCAAGGUCUCCAACGACAAGUAUAGUUAAACCAACAUCACAUAUUCCUCAAACAACAACUCUAUCAUCAAUUGUUACUGAAGGUCAAUCAACAUCAAGUGUUACUGAACCAGUGACUAUGAAAAGUACAUUAUCAACUGAAGUUCCCAUCACUAGACCAUUGGAGACGACACCUCUUCCUGGAAUUGUAACAACUUCUCCUAGUAAACACUCUUCCGCAGCUUCAUUGACAACAACACCUUUGCCAAUUACUCAAUCUCAUUCAUCCUCUGUAACAACAACUACUGAAAAAAUAUCAGUACCUGAAACAAAAGCUACACCUUUCCCUCCUCCAAGUACUUUAACAUCUACAUCAGAAGGCUCAGCUAUCUCCUCUGCAUCAGCUUCUUCUCCAAGGUCUCCAACAACAGGUAUAGUUAAACCAACAUCACAUAUUCCUCAAACAACUACUUUAUCAUCAAUUGUUACUGAAGGUCCAUCAACAUCAAGUGUUACUGAACUAGUGACUGUGAAAAGUACAUUAUCAACUGAAGUUCCCAUCACUAGACCACUGGAGACGACACCUCUUCCUGGAGUUGUAACAUCUACUCCUAGUAAACACUCUUCCGCAGCUUCAUUGACAACAACACCUUUUCCAAUGACUCAAUCUCAUUCAUCCUCUGUAACAUCAACUACUGAAAAAAUAUCAGUACCCGAAACAAAAGCUACACCUUCCCCUCCUCCUAGCAUGUUAACAUCAACUUUAGAAAGCCCAGCUAUAACCUCUGCAACAGCAUCUUCUCCAAGGUCUCAAAUGACAAGUAUAGUUAAACCAACAUCACAUAUUCCUCAAACAACAACUCUAUCAUCAAUUCUUACUGAAGGUCCAUCAACAUCAAGUGUUACUGAACCAGUGAAUGUGAAAAGUACAUUAUCAACUGAAGUUCCCAUCACUAGACCCUUGGAGACGACACCUCUUCCUGGAAUUGUAACAUCUACUCCUAGUAAACACUCUUCCGCAGCUUCAUUGACAACAACACCUUUGCCAAUGACUCAAACUCAUUCAUCCUCUGUAACAUCAACAACUGAAGAAAUAUCAGUACCUGAAACAAAAGCUACACCUUCCCCUCCUCCUAGCAUUUUAACAUCCACUUUAAAAAGCCCAGCUAUAACCUCUGCAUCAGGAACUUCUCCAAGGUCUCAAACAACAAGUAUAGUUAAACCAACAUCACAUAUUCCUCAAACAACUACUCUAUCAUCAAUUGUUACUAAAGGUCCAUCAACAUCAAGUGUUACUGAACCAGUGAAUGUGAAAAGUACAUUAUCAACUGAAGUUCCCAUCACUAGACCAUUGGAGACGACACCUCUUCCUGGAAUUGUCACAACUACUCCUAGUAAACACUCUUCCGCAGCUUCAUUGACAACAACACCUUUGCCAAUGACGCAGUCUCAUUCAUCCUCUGUAACAUCAACUACUGAAAAAAUAUCAGUACCCGAAACAAAAGCUACACCUUCCCCUCCUCCUAGCAUUUUAACAUCUACAUCAGAAAGCUCAGCAAUCUCCUCUGCAUCAGCUUCUUCUCCAAGGUCUCCAACAACAGGUAUAGUUAAACCAACAUCACAUAUUCCUCAAACAACUACUCUAUCAUCAAUUGUUUCUGAAGGUCCAUCAACAUCAAGUGUAACUGAACCAGUGACUGUGAAAAGUACAUUAUCAACUGAAGUUCCCAUCACUAGACCAUUGGAGACGACACCUCUUCCUGGAAUUGUAACAUCUACUCCUAGUAAACACUCUUCCACAGCUUCAUUGACAAAAACACCUUUGCCAAUGACUCAAUCUCAUUCAUCAUCUUUAAUAUCAACAACUGAAGAAAUAUCAGUACCUGAAACAAAAGCUACACCUUCCCCUCCUCCUAGCAUUUUAACAUCCACUUUAGAAAGCCCAGCUAUAACCUCUGCAUCAGGAACUUCUCCAAGGUCUCAAACAACAAGUAUAGUUAAACCAACAUCACAUAUUUCUCAACCAACUACUCUAUCAUCAAUUGUUUCUGAAGGUCCAUCAACAUCAAGUGUCACUGAACCAGUGAAUGUGAAAAGUACAUUAUCAACUGAAGUUCCCAUCACUAGACCAUUGGAGACGACACCUCUUCCUGGAAUUGUCACAACUACUCCUAGUAAACACUCUUCCGCAGCUUCAUUGACAACAACACCUUUGCCAAUGACUCAGUCUCAUUCAUCCUCUGUAACAUCAACUACUGAAAAAAUAUCAGUACCCGAAACAAAAGCUACACCUUCCCCUCCUCCUAGCAUUUUAACAUCUACAUCAGAAAGCUCAGCUAUCUCCUCUGCAUCAGCUUCUUCUCCAAGGUCUCCAACAACAGGUAUAGUUAAACCAACAUCACAUAUUCCUCAAACAACUACUCUAUCAUCAAUUGUUUCUGAAGGUCCAUCAACAUCAAGUGUUACUGAACCAGUGACUGUGAAAAGUACAUUAUCAACUGAAGUUCCCAUCACUAGACCCUUGGAGACGACACCUCUUCCUGGAAUUGUAACAUCUACUCCUAGUAAACACUCUUCCACAGCUUCAUUGACAAAAACACCUUUGCCAAUGACUCAAUCUCAUUCAUCCUCUUUAAUAUCAACAACUGAAGAAAUAUCAGUACCUGAAACAAAAGCUACACCUUCCCCUCCUCCUAGCAUUUUAACAUCCACUUUAAAAAGCCCAGCUAUAACCUCUGCAUCAGGAACUUCUCCAAGGUCUCAAACAACAAGUAUAGUUAAACCAACAUCACAUAUUUCUCAACCAACUACUCUAUCAUCAAUUGUUUCUGAAGGUCCAUCAACAUCAAGUGUUACUAAACCAGUGAAUGUGAAAAGUACAUUAUCAACUGAAGUUCCCAUCACUAGACCAUUGGAGACGACACCUCUUCCUGGAAUUGUCACUACUACUCCUAGUAAACACUCUUCCACAGGUUCAUUGACAACAACACCUUUGCCAAUGACUCAAUCUCAUUCAUCCUCUGUAACAUCAACUACUAAAAAAAUAUCAGUACCCGAAACAAAAGCUACACCUUCCCCUCCUCCUAGCAUUUUAACAUCCACUUUAGAAAGCCCAGCUAUAACCUCUGCAUCAGGAUCUUCUUCAAGGUCUCAAACAACAAGUAUAGUUAAACCAACAUCACAUAUUCCUCAAACAACUACUCUAUCAUCAAUUGUUACUGAAGGUCCAUCAACAUCAAGUGUUACUGAACCAGUGACUGUGAAAAGUACAUUAUCAACUGAAGUUCCCCUCACUAGACCCUUGGAGACGACACCUCUUCCUGGAAUUGUCACAUCUACUCCUAGUAAACACUCUCCUGCAGCUUCAUUGACAACAACACCUUUGCCAAUGACUCAAUCUCAUUCAUCCUCUGUAACAUCAACUACUGAAAAAAUAUCAGUACCCGGAACUAAAGUUACGCCUUCUCCCCCUCCUAGCAUUUUAACAUCCACUUUAGAAAGUCCAGCUAUAACCUCUGCAUCAGCAUCUUCUCCAAGGUCUCAAACAACAAGUAUAGUUAAACCAACAUCACAUAUGCCUCAAACAACUACUCUAUCAUCAAUUGUUACUGAAGGUCCAUCAACAUCAAGUGUUACUGAGCCAGUGAAUGUGAAAAGUACAUUAUCAACUGAAGUUCCCAUCACUAGACCAUUGGAGACGACACCUCUUCCUGGAAUUGUCACAACUACACCUAGUAAACACUCUUCCUCAGCUUCAUUGACAACAACACCUUUGCCAAUUACUCAAUCUCAUUCAUCCUCUGUAACAUCAACUACUGAAAAAAUAUCAGUACCUGAAACAAAAGCUACACCUUCCCCUCCUCCUAGCAUUUUAACAUCUACAUCAGAAAGCUCAGCUAUCUCCUCUGCAACAGCUUCUUCUCCAAGGUCUCCAACAACAGGUAUAGUUAAACUAACAUCACAUAUUCCUCAAACAACUACUCUAUCAUCAAUUGUUACUGAAGGUCCAUCAACAUCAAGUGUUACUGAACUAGUGACUGUGAAAAGUACAUUAUCAACUGAAGUUCCCAUUACUAGACCACUGCAUACGACACCUCUUCCUGGAGUUGUAACAUCUACUCCUAGUAAACACUCUUCCGCAGCUUCAUUGACAACAACACCUUUGCCAAUUACUCAAUCUCAUUCAUCCUCUGUAACAUCAACUACUGAAAAAAUAUCAGUACCCGAAACAAAAGCUACACCUUCCCCUCCUCCUAGCAUUUUAACAUCUACAUCAGAAAGCUCAGCUAUCUCCUCUGCAACAGCUUCUUCUCCAAGAUCUCAAACGACAAGUAUAGUUAAACCAACAUCACAUAUUCCUCAAACAACCACUCUAUCAUCAAUUGUUACUGAAGGUCCAUCAGCAUCAAGUGUUACUGAACCAGUGAAUGUGAAAAGUACAUUAUCAACUGAAGUUCCCAUCACUAGACCAUUGGAGACGACACCUCUUCCUGGAAUUGUAACAACUACUCCUAGUAAACACUCUUCUGCAGCUUCAUUGACAACAACACCUUUGCCAAUGACUCAAUCUCAUUCAUCCUCUGUAACAUCAACUACUGAAAAAAUAUCAGUACCCGGAACUAAAGUUACGCCUUCUCCCCCUCCUAGCAUUUUAACAUCCACUUUAGAAAGUCCAGCUAUAACCUCUGCAUCAGGAUCUUCUCCAAGGUCUCAAACAACAAGUAUAGUUAAACCAACAUCACAUAUUCCUCAAACAACUACUCUAUCAUCAAUUGUUACUGAAGGUCCAUCAACAUCAAGUUUUUCUGAACCAGUGAAUGUGAAAAGUACAUUAUCAACUGAAGUUCCCAUUACUAGACCAUUGGAGACGACACCUCUUCCUGGAAUUGUCACAACUACUCCUAGUAAACACUCUUCCGCAGCUUCAUUGACAACAACACCUUUGUCAAUGACUCAGUCUCAUUCAUCCUCUGUAACAUCAACUACUGAAAAAAUAUCAGUACCCGAAACAAAAGCUACACCUUCCCGUCCUCCUAGCAUUUUAACAUCUACAUCAGAAAGCUCAGCUAUCUCCUCUGCAUCAGCUUCUUCUCCAAGGUCUCCAACAACAGGUAUAGUUAAACCAACAUUACAUAUUCCUCAAACAACUACUCAAUCAUCAAUUGUUACUGAAGGUCCAUCAACAUCAAGUGUUACUGAACCAGUGACUGUGAAAAGUACAUUAUCAACUGAAGUUCCCAUCACUAGACCAUUGGAGACGACACCUCUUCCUGGAGUUGUAACAUCUACUCCUAGUAAACACUCUUCCGCAGCUUCAUUGAGAACAACACCUUUGCCAAUGACUCAAUCUCAUUCAUCCUCUGUAACAUCAACUACUGAAAAAAUAUCAGUACCCGGAACUAAAGUUACGCCUUCUCCCCCUCCUAGCAUUUUAACAUCCACUUUAGAAAGUCCAGCUAUAACCUCUGCAUCAGGAUCUUCUCCAAGGUCUCAAACAACAAGUAUAGUUAAACCAACAUCACAUAUUCCUCAAACAACUACUCUAUCAUCAAUUGUUACUGAAGGUCCAUCAACAUCAAGUGUUUCUGAACCAGUGAAUGUGAAAAGUACAUUAUCAACUGAAGUUCCCAUUACUAGACCAUUGGAGACGACACCUCUUCCUGGAAUUGUCACAACUACUCUUAGUAAACACUCUUCCGCAGCUUCAUUGACAACAACACCUUUGCCAAUGACUCAGUCUCAUUCAUCCUCUGUAACAUCAACUACUGAAAAAAUAUCAGUACCCGAAACAAAAGCUACACCUUCCCGUCCUCCUAGCAUUUUAACAUCUACAUCAGAAAGCUCAGCUAUCUCCUCUGCAUCAGCUUCUUCUCCAAGGUCUCCAACAACAGGUAUAGUUAAACCAACAUUACAUAUUCCUCAAACAACUACUCAAUCAUCAAUUGUUACUGAAGGUCCAUCAACAUCAAGUGUUACUGAACCAGUGACUGUGAAAAGUACAUUAUCAACUGAAGUUCCCAUCACUAGACCAUUGGAGACGACACCUCUUCCUGGAGUUGUAACAUCUACUCCUAGUAAACACUCUUCCGCAGCUUCAUUGAGAACAACACCUUUUCCAAUGACUCAAUCUCAUUCAUCCUCUGUAACAUCAACUACUGAAAAAAUAUCAGUACCCGAAACAAAAGCUACACCUUCCCCUCCUCCUAGCAUUUCAACAUCCACUUUAGAAAGCCCAGCUAUAACCUCUGCAUCAGGAUCUUCUUCAAGGUCUCAAACAACAAGUAUAGUUAAACCAACAUCACAUAUUCCUCAAACAACUACUCUAUCAUCAAUUGUUACUGAAGGUCCAUCAACAUCAAGUGUUACUGAACCAGUGACUGUGAAAAGUACAUUAUCAACUGAAGUUCCCAUCACUAGACCCUUGGAGACGACACCUCUUCCUGGAAUUGUCACAUCUACUUCUAGUAAACACUCUCCCACAGCUUCAUUGACAACAACACCUUUGCCAAUGACUCAAUCUCAUUCAUCCUCUGUAACAUCAACUACUGAAAAAAUAUCAGUACCCGGAACUAAAGUUACGCCUUCUCCCCCUCCUAGCAUUUUAACAUCCACUUUAGAAAGUCCAACUAUAACCUCUGCAUCAGCAUCUUCUCCAAGGUCUCAAACAACAAGUAUAGUUAAACCAACAUCACAUAUGCCUCAAACAACUACUCUAUCAUCAAUUGUUACUGAAGGUCCAUCAACAUCAAGUGUUACUGAACCAGUGAAUGUGAAAAGUACAUUAUCAACUGAAGUUCCCAUCACUAGACCAUUGGAGACGACACCUCUUCCUGGAAUUGUCACAACUACUCCUAGUAAACACUCUUCUGCAGCUUCAUUGACAACAACACCUUUGCCAAUUACUCAAUCUCAUUCAUCCUCUGUAACAUCAACUACUGAAAAAAUAUCAGUACCCGAAACAAAAGCUACACCUUCCCCUCCUCCUAGCUUUUUCACAUCUAUAUCAGAAAGCUCAGCUAUCUCCUCUGCAACAGCUUCUUCUCCAAGAUCUCCAACAACAAGUAUAGUUAAACCAACAUCACAUAUGCCUCAAACAACUACUCUAUCAUCAAUUGUUACUGAAGGCCCAUCAACAUCAAGUGUUACUGAACCAGUGAAUGUGAAAAGUACAUUAUCAACUGAAGUUCCCAUCACUAGACCAUUGGAGACGACACCUCUUCCUGGAAUUGUCACAACUACUCCUAGUAAACACUCUUCCGCAGCUUCAUUGACAACAACACCUUUGCCAAUGACUCAAUCUCAUUCAUCCUCUGUAACAUCAACUACUAAAAAAAUAUCAGUACCCGGAACUAAAGUUACGCCUUCUCCCCCUCCUAGCAUUUUAACAUCCACUUUAGAAAGCCCAGCUAUAACCUCUGCAUCAGCAUCUUCUCCAAGGUCUCCAACGACAAGUAUAGUUAAACCAACAUCACAUAUUCCUCAAACAACCACUCUAUCAUCAAUUGUUACUGAAGGUCCAUCAACAUCAAGUGUUACUGAACCAGUGAAUGUGAAAAGUACAUUAUCAACUGAAGUUCCCAUCACUAGACCAUUGGAGACGACACCUCUUCCUGGCAUUGUCACAACUACUCUUAGUAAACACUCCUCCACAGCUUCAUUGACAACAACAACACCUUUGCCAAUGACUCAGUCUCAUUCAUCCUCUGUAACAUCAACUACUGAAAAAAUAUCAGUACCCGAAACAAAAGCUACACCUUCCCCUCCUCCUAGCAUUUUAACAUCCUCUUUAGAAAGCCCAGCUAUAACCUCUGCAACAGCAUCUUCUCCAAGGUCUCAAACGACAAGUAUAGUUAAACCAACAUCACAUAUUCCUCAAACAACAACUCUAUCAUCAAUUGUUAGUGAAGGUCCAUCAACAUCAAGUGUUACUGAACCAGUGACUGUGAAAAGUACAUUAUCAACUGAAGUCCCCAUCACUAGACCCUUGGAGACGUCACCUCUUCCUGGAAUUGUAACAUCUACUCCUAGUAAACACUCUUCCGCUGCUUCAUUGACAACAACACCUUUGCCAAUGACUCAAUCUCAUUCAUCCUCUGUAACAUCAACUACUAAAAAAAUAUCAGUACCCGGAACUAAAGUUACGCCUUCUCCCCCUCCUAGCAUUUUAACAUCCACUUUAGAAAGCCCAGCUAUAACCUCUGCAACAGCAUCUUCUCCAAGGUCUCAAACGACAAGUAUAGUUAAACCAACAUCACAUAUUCCUCAAACAACAACUCUAUCAUCAAUUGUUAGUGAAGGUCCAUCAACAUCAAGUGUUACUGAACCAGUGACUGUGAAAAGUACAUUAUCAACUGAAGUCCCCAUCACUAGACCCUUGGAGACGUCACCUCUUCCUGGAAUUGUAACAUCUACUCCUAGUAAACACUCUUCCGCUGCUUCAUUGACAACAACACCUUUGCCAAUGACUCAAUCUCAUUCAUCCUCUGUAACAUCAACUACUGAAAAAAUAUCAGUACCCGGAACUAAAGUUACGCCAUCUCCCCCUCCUAGCAUUUUAACGUCCACUUUAGAAACCCCAGCUAUAACCUCUGCAUCAGGAUCUUCCCCAAGGUCUCAAACAACAGGUAUAGUUAAACCAACAUCACAUAUUCCUCAAACAACUACUCUAUCAUCAAUUGUUACUGAAGGUCCAUCAACAUCAAGUGUUACUGAACCAGUGACUGUGAAAAGUACAUUAUCAACUGAAGUUCCCUUGGAGACAACACCUCAUCCUGAAAUUUUAACAUCUACUUCUAGUAAACACUCUUCCACAGUGUCAUUGACAACAACACCUUUGCCAAUGACUCAAUCUCAUUCAUCCUCUGUAACAUCAACUACUGAAAAAAUAUCAGUACCCGGAACUAAAGUUACGCCUUCUCCCCCUCCUAGCAUUUUAACGUCCACUUUAGAAAGCCCAGCUAUAACCUCUUCAUCAGGAUCUUCUCCAAGGUCUCAAACAACAAGUAUAGUUAAACCAACAUCACAUAUUCCUCAAACAACUACUCUAUCAUCAAUUGUUACUGAAGGUCCAUCAACAUCAAGUGUUACUGAACCAGUGACUAUGAAAAGUACAUUAUCAACUGAAGUUCCCAUCACUAGACCAUUGGAGACGACACCUCUUCCUGGAAUUGUAACAACUACUCCUAGUAAACACUCUUCCGCAGCUUCAUUGACAACAACACUUUUGCCAAUUACUCAGUCUCAUUCAUCCUCUAUAACAACAACUACUGAAAAAAUAUCAGUACCCGAAACAAAAGCUACACCUUCCCCUCCUCCUAGCAUUUUAACAUCUAUAUCAGAAAGCUCAGCUAUCUCCUCUGCAUCAGCUUCUUCUCCAAGGUCUCCAACAACAGGUAUAGUUAAACCAACAUCACAUAUUCCUCAAACAACUACUCUAUCAUCAAUUGUUACUGAAGGUCCAUCAACAUCAAGUGUUACUGGACAAGUGACUGUGAAAAGUACAUUAUCAACUGAAGUUCCCAUUACUAGACCACUGGAGACGACACCUCUUCCUGGAGUUGUAACAUCUACUCCUAGUAAACACUCUUCCGCAGCUUCAUUGACAACAACACCUUUACCAAUGACUCAAUCUCAUUCAUCCUCUGUAACAACAACUACUGAAAAAAUAUCAGUACCCGAAACAAAAGCUACACCUUCCCCUCCUCCUAGCAUGUUAACAUCCACUUUAGAAAGUCCAGCUAUAACCUCUGCAACAGCAUCUUCUCCAAGGUCUCCAACGACAAGUAUAGUUAAACCAACAUCACAUAUUCCUCAAACAACUACUCUAUCAUCAAUUGUUACUGAAGGUCCAUCAACAUCAAGUGUUACUGAACCAGUGAAUGUGAAAAGUACAUUAUCAACUGAAGUUCCCAUCACUAGACCAUUGGAGACGACACCUCUUCCUGGAAUUGUAACAACUAUUCCUAGUAAACACUCUUCCUCAGCUUUAUUGACAACAACACCUUUGCCAAUUACUCAAUCUCAUUCAUCCUCUGUAACAUCAACUACUGAAAAAAUAUCAGUACCCGAAACAAAAGCUACAUCUUCCCCUCCUCCUAGCAUUUUAACAUCUACAUCAGAAAGCUCAGCUAUCUCCUCUGCAUCAGCUUCUUCUCCAAGGUCUCCAACAACAGGUAUCGUUAAACCAACAUCACAUAUGCCUCAAACAACUACUCUAUCAUCAAUUGUUACUGAAGGUCCAUCAACAUCAAGUGUUACUGAACCAGUGACUGUGAAAAGUACAUUAUCAACUGUAGUUCCCUUGGAGACGACACCUCAUCCUGAAAUUUUAACAUCUACUUCUAGUAAACACUCUUCCGCAGUGUCAUUGACAACAACACCUUUGCCAAUGACUCAAUCUCAUUCAUCCUUUGUUACAUCAACUACUGAAAAAACAUCUUCUAAAACUAGCUCUAGUGUGACUUCUGGUUCUACCAUAAUUUUAACCUCAUCUCCUAUAACAUCGCCUAGUAAAAUAACUUCCUCAACAUCUUUGACAUCAAAAAGUACUACUGUCACUUCCACUUCUGGUACAACAUUGUUUCCAAUAUCUUUGUCAUUUAUUUCUACAUCCUCCAUUUCAAAUAUUAAUACUACUCCACUAUUAUCCACAAAAAUUUCACCUGUAAGUCAUUUCCCAUCUUCCCCUUUAUUAACAACAACCCCUUCCACAUCAUUUGGAGUUUCAUUGGCAUCAUCUCCAUCAUCUGUUAGCAGCUCAACAUCCUGCUUCUGCAAAGUAAAUGACGAAUUCUUUUCUCCAGGUGAAAUUCUGUACAGAAUAGAAGAUAAAGAUGGCUGUGAAUAUUAUGCAAAAUGUAGUGACAUUUGUGAACCAGAACACUUCAAAGGUCCAUGUUCCACAACAAUUGCAACAAGUACUGCAUCAGAAACAUUCCGCUCUGCUAGCACAACUACAUUAGAAUUUAUACCAACAAUACCUACUUCAUCGGAAAUAAUGGUAAGCAGUGAACCUUCAACCUUAAGAUCAACAGGCUCUACUGAAGGAUCUAGUCCCUCUAAAACAACACCAUUAAAUAUUAUAUCCACAACUUCUUCAUCAACAAGUCUUAUGCCUUCACACCCACCAAGCUCAAGAAGAACAACUUCAAACAUUCCUUCCAGCACAUCUCCACUGGAACAUUCUGCAACAACACCCUUCUCCUCGGUGGCAGCUGAAACAUCAAGUUCUUCAACACAAGCAACUCCAAGCAUAAAGCCUUCAAUCUCAGUUGUCUCAACAGGCACCACAUAUGAAAUUAGUUCAGGAAGUAGUUUUCCCACAACACAAGUAACAUCUUCAGGUGAAACAACUUGUGGGCCUUGUGAAUGUUUAAUGCCAUCUUGUGGCACUGGAUAUCGAGUUGUCUCUUACAAGCCACCUGGAGCUUGUUGUGCAAUUAUAAAAUGUGAGCCUGAUUCUGUCUGUGUGGUUGAUAACAUUAUAUACCAGAAAGGGUCUAUCAUACCACAAACAAAAAACCUUUGUCAGAAAUGUGAAUGCUCCAUGGAUAUGGAUGAGAACACAGGGUUUAAUGCUGUAAAAUGUGAGCCAGUUGUAUGUGUGCAAACAUGUGAUGAGGGUUUUACAUACAUUGAGAAAGCUGGCCAAUGCUGUGGAGAAUGCAUACCCAAGCAAUGCACCAUGAAGGGAGCAGAUAACAAACAGGUUGAAAUCAAGGUUGGGGAUUCUUAUCGCCCACAAGGCAACACUUGCAGCUAUUAUGAAUGUGAUGAGGUCGAUAGCCAACCAGUUCUAACUAAAGUGAAGCUGAUCUGUCAGAAGUUGGACAUCUCCAAAUGCGAACCGAACACAAUUAAAUAUGAUGAGGAUGGCUGCUGUCAGACUUGCACAAUUAAACCAGACAUUAAAGUAAUAGAGAAACCCACUGUCAUAGAAGACUGCAACCCUCAGAAAAACUUGACAGUCCUGAGACAAGAUGACUGUGAGGCUGAGGUGGAAUUAACAUCCUGUGGAGGACCUUGCAUGGGAUCAUCCAAAUAUUCCAUGGAAUCCCAGAGCAUAGACCACACUUGUACCUGCUGCAGUGAGCUGGAGGUUGGAGAGAAACAGAUUAAACUUCUAUGUGCUAAUGGUCAAUACAAAAGCUACACUUACAAGGAUGUACUAAAAUGCGGAUGCUCUAGUGCUAGCUGCACUCCAUUACCUUGAUCCACAGGGAUACCGCAAUAGUUUGCUCAAAUGACUACAUACAAGAAAGAAAAUAAAGCAAACAUAAAAACUACACCAUCAAAUUGUCUGUAAAAAGUUAAAAAAAAAUAGUUUGAGCAUUGUUGGAAGACAAAAUUGAAAUGCUUUUGUGUAGUCCAAGCCUAUAUUUUUGUAAUGCUAAUAUACAUUAAAAUUCCAAGCAAAUAUGA